CUGUGGUUCAGCCGAGCUGCCGGAGACAAGGAGCCAGCAGCCCGAUCAUCGGCGGAUUAAACCGUUAAUGUAGCUUUAAACAGCACACCGACGGUUACAGGCACUGAAAACAACGAGCUAGAUACAAUACACGGCUGUCUGUCAAACAUGACUCGUUUUUUAGCCCAUUAGGCCCUUAAACUGAGAUUUGUGAUCACUGAUCAAUGACGCUAUUGACUGAGCCAGCCUGGACCAGGGAGUAACAUCAUCGCUACAGAAGGGGCACCGAAGGACGAACUAAUAUAAUGAAUCGUCUUUGUUCUGUCAACAAUAAUUUCCCAUAUGACAAUAACCUCUUGGUGCUGGACAUGGUCCUGAGCUCACUAUGGGGAGUGCCACAGCCAAUCAACUGGGACAACGUUGCCCGGCUUGUUCCUGGCUUCACACCGAAAGAGUGUGCACGCAGGUUCGAUGAGCUGAAGAGCACCGGGAGUUUACCCCUAGUGGACGAGCAGUGUAACGCACUGACUGCAGCCAGCAGCUCUCCUUCUGAACCACUGUCCUCUUACAUCAGGUCCACCCUAUUGGACAUUACUGGUGACACGGGGGAACCACAGACCAAUCAGGGCACGCUCUCGGUGUCAAGCCUGAGUACAAAGCCUGCUGUCAGAGGAGCCAGCGCUGAUAACGAGAGCACAGCGGCCACUGAGGAGCGAGAAAAGGAGGAUGGAGGAAAAAGCCCUACCAUGGUGAUCCACGUAUGUGACGAAGCGAAGAACCUGAAGCAGGAUUUCUCAUGUCCACGCGACCUGCUGGUGAGGGAGAUGCGCUAUUUUGCAGAGUAUCUGUCAGUGGAUGCUCAGCGAUGGGAGGAGGUGGACAUCUCGGUCCACUGCGACGUGCAGAUAUUUGACUGGCUUAUGAACUAUGUCAAGAGAAACUCGGCUGACCACGAACUGGGGAAACAUGUGGAAAAACCCAAACUAGAGCCCAGCAAUGUCAUCUCUAUCCUGAUCUCGUCCGAGUUCUUGAAGAUGGACACUUUAGUAGAGGAGUGUGUCCAGUACUGUCACAAACAAAUGAGCGCCAUCGUGGCCACGCCAUGCAACAUGAGCUGCAUCAACAGCAACCUGGCCAGCCGCAUCGCUCUGCUCUUCACACACAACCAGGCCGACGACAUCAAGGACAAGAAGGACAAGUUCAAAAGUAAGUUGUUCCAGAAGAAGAUUGAGAAGCUGUUUGAUCCUGACUAUGAAAAUCCUGACUCUCCAGGAAAAGCUGCCACGCUCUACAGGUGUGGUCUUUGCCUUAAGCUUCUGACCAAAGACACUGAAAGGAGGAUCUCUUGUGUUCCGGGCAAAAUUAACAUAAACUCUCAAGGGAACAUCGUCUACACACACAGCCGACAUAAAGGCUGGGACAUCCAUGACUUUCUGAACAGCCUGUACGAGGAGCUGAAGUCCUGGGUGCUGGUUUACUGGAGGAUCUGGGGCACCAUUAACUUCCUCACCUGCUCACGCUGUAAACAGGUAUUCCUGUGCAGUGAGUUGUCUCAGUGCAGGUAUCACCCGGAGGCUGUGGUGUACCCGGGCGUGGGCGCUGAUCGCAGCUGGCAUGGUGCUGGGUUUUAUCCCUGCUGCAAACAGAGGGCUCUUCGCUUUGACCCCGCCGCCAUACCCAGGGGCUGUAAGGUCAGGGAUCAUGUGGUCAGUGCGCUGGACGAUGGGGACUGUGGAGAUAACAUGAACUCUGUGCAGAUCAGAAUACUGAACGACCUGCUGCUCCACAGAGACGCUGUGUGUGUUAUAAGCACACAGACUGCCGACAGUUCUGCAGAGUCACCUGCAGGGGGCGAGCAAACACAGGACUGCGACGUAGAGCCGGGAGUCCUGAACAUUCAGAGAAGCGGAGAAAUCACAGCAUUUUCACUGCUGAAGAACUGGAGUCUCCAACUGCGGCAACAGUCUCUGCUGUCUGAGGACGAAGAGUACACCACAGGGUCGGAGGUCACAGAAGAUGAGGUUGGGGAUGAAGAAGAUGCUUCCAAGAAACAAACUCCAAAGAAGGCAAGAAAAUCAGGGAAGCCUUUGAAAAGACAAGCAUCUUCCCCCAGCAUACAGCGCAAAGAGAGAACUGCAGACAAGGCUACUUCAAGAGACUCCACCCCUUUCACAGUGAGCGUGCAGAAGAGUAAAUGGGACAGCAGUCGCUCUAUGAGGUUUAAUCAGGACGCUCAGAGGGAAGAAGACCAGAGGAGAAUGGUGGAGAUUAUGGGUCAUCUUACCAGAAUGCGCUUCGGUGAUUUGGAACAGAACAAGUCAAUGGACACUAAAGAGCUUGCAGGAGGCAUCUACUCCAGACUGGAGGCCCAGGUUAAAAGCUCCACUCAACCCAGUGGCCGACAAAGCAGCUCGGACAAAACGCUCCGGCCAAAGACGCGCUCUGGGCAGUCUAGACCAGCGUAAAGAAGGGAAGCGACAGAUGAGAUGAGCUGAUGAGUACAUAAAAGGAGGAAUAAUCCCCCCCUCCUCCAUCCUGCAUCCCUCUAUCUGAAACUCCGGGCUGACUCGGACAGAGGGACGGACAGAAGGAGACGUUUGCGAUGCCGUAAAGGAACCUGUGUGGUUUUAAUAUGCAAACUGGAUGAAAUAGUAGAGCUGCACUGGAAUGAAAUGUGUCACUUUGUCUCCUCACUAAUCGUGCUGCUAGCUUCAUAAAUGUUACAGCGAUGGUUUGGUGACAGCCAAAUAUACUCUAUUUUACCUCUUCUCCCAAAUGUUAGUCAGUCAGUCUUUAAUUUUGGACUGAAGCUAUGAGGCUAAUAAAGUAAUGGAAGCGUAUGUACACCGAUUAGCCUGGUGCAAACUGCAUUCUUUAAAUCAUGUUGUUAAAAAGGCAUUCCACUGAUUUUUCCAAAUUUCUGAAUAAUUCAAUCGUUGAGAUGUAAAUGGAGUCAUUCAGAGUGGUUUGGUGUGAAAUGGUUCAUUUGUCUUUACAGUGGUGGUCAUAAGAACCAGGGGUCGCUAUGACUACAACACAAAUAUAGACAUUUUAUUUACUAUCCAAAACCACCAGUGAACCUACACGUGUCUUCUGAGCUUUUAUAUGGAAUGUUGUGGUGAUAAACUAUAAUAGAUCUGAAAUAAAAAGUCUUGCAUGGGCCCCAACAUCAUGAACAUGAUAUUUUAGGCCAAAAUGUCCUAAAAACCACUGUUAAACAAUGCUGCAGGCAUCAGGCAGUGUAUUCAUAACCAUUUCAUGUACCAACUUUCUGUGACAGAGCUUUUAGAGGUGGAACGUCUGGUUCCUAUCACCACCAUUGUGAACAAUUCUGACUUGGUAUGUUUCUCUAGAACGGAGCGUUUCAAACCAAACCACUCUGAAUGAUUUUAUAUCUUAACAAUUGAAUUAUCUAGAAUUUUUCAAAAAUCUGUGGAAUUAAAUAGUCUCUAGUAGACUUGCUUAAGUGGUUUCUGACACUGUUACACACACUGAUUUCUAUAAAUGUGGUCAAUACAACAUCACAUUGCUAAAAACAGCAUCAGCAGCAUUUGGAAGAGCCUGUUUUGUUCCAACUUGUAUAUAUUAGCCUCGUAGCUCCAGUGCAGAACAGCACUAAACUUGAUGUAUUCAGAAACAUGGAUUAUAGACAGAGCAGAUAGUAAGAGCAAAUGAAAGUACAUUUGAGUUUUUACCUAACUGACGCUUCAAAGUCUGUCACUCCUCUUUACCUUCAUGUCCUGCUUCUAUAGCCUGUAAGAUAUGCACUCACUCGUAUUCCUCUAGUCCUAAUCUCAGGUGACCCCUCCCCACUCAUCCUCUGUACUAUCCAGCACUGUAACACUGUAGAGUCCUGCGUCUGGAGCCAGUGUCCAAAGCCAUGGUGGAAUGUGGAUACAACUAGAAUAAAGAAUGGAGCAAAGCUUGCUGAA